AUGACGGUUCAGUGCCAUUGGGUGUACUCAUGCUUGUACAGAAACAAAUUGCGCAAGAAUUUUGGUUUGGCUGAGGAGCCUUGUUGUGAUUGUCUUGUUAACUACUGCUGCGAGCCUUGUGCCCUUUGCCAAGAGCAUGCUGAGCUCAAAUCAAGAGGCUUCAACCCCUCCAUAGGUUGGAUUGGACCGCCAACUUCUCCUCCGGAUAUGCCUCCUUCCAUGUUCAAAUGAUCUCCUGUUCCGACCAACGUACUUGGCAGACUAUCGAUAGUACUGUUCCGACAAAUGUUUUCCCGUCUUUUGACUCAUCAAUUAGAAGAACAACGUGUGUAUGGGUGAUGGAUGGUGUAUGCUUUAUUUUCAGUGUGUUUUCAAUUAGAAAUUGGACCUCCAACUUGAAGAGCUGAUGAAAAGAUCAUGUGUUUAAUUUUCUUUUAUUUCCAGAGUCUAGACCAUCAUAUCGCAAUAAAGUGGUAAUGCAAUGCAAUGCAAUUCCGUUUACUAAUCAAGAAUCGCCGGGCAAUUUUGAAGUUUUCUG